AUGUCGGUCGAAAAGCAGUUGGAAGCGGCCCAAAAAUUCCUAAGAGGAAUUCGGUCGCUGACCUCCUACGCGGAGGUCAGGGACAAACAGGCUUCGGGUCUUUUGAAAGCCUUGGAGAAAGUGCAGUGCUUCACGGCUGCUCAAGCGGCAGCGUUGCUGGCACAGGUGCAGCCCGACUUAUGGGGUGAGUCUCAAGUGGACUCAUUCCGUGAGAAGGUUGCGCUGAAGACGAGGCCGGUGGAAAGCGAUCAGCCACGUGCUGUGACCCAGGACUUUUCGCUGCUGCCAUAUUAUUUAAAUGAUGAGUUGGCAGCAGCGAUUGGGCAGGUGGAUGGUGACGCAGAGCGGUUGCUGUUUCGCUUGUGCCAUCAUGCGGCGCAGCUGAGCCUAAGGAAUGCCUCCGAGGCGACCAAGGCCACAUUGGUCGUGAUGGCUCACUGGGCCUCAUGCAAGCGUGGAGCCUUUUCUCCAAAGCAGCAGCAUGAAUUGUUUCUGCGUCACAAGCCGGCUGUGACCAAAUAUUUGGUAGCACCACCAGAGUCUCAAUUAUUGGUGGAGUUGCCGCUUCAAUGGCAAGAUUUGGAUCCGCAGAUAAUCCAACGUGCGUUUCCUACGGGGAAACCUGCAAGCAUGGCAGAGACUGCGAGGGACAUUUGCGACUAUGUUCGUCGCUUCCCUUUACGGAGGGAUAAUAAGUUGCUGCAAGGCACGGGUGGUACGUCCAGCACAGUGCCUGCCGGGUUCCCAAGUGGAGUUUUGCCAGUGGAGGAUGUCUGUCGAGUAGUUGCCGCAUGCAGCCAAUCAUUCCAAGCGCAAGUGCAGCGGCAGCAGUCGAGCCAAGCAGUGCAUUCCACGGCAUCUCCAGUGUUGGCCAUUUGCGACGUAUCAGCUGACGAGCGCGCUGCUAUGCUCUUAGCGUCAGAAAGGGACCCACGUGGUUCCGACCACAAGACUGUGGACAUGCCUGUCGCUGCAGGGGAGGACCGACGUGGUCCUGAAACUAUGAGUGUCGAGGAUCAAUUAGCUGCGCUCCGAGAAGAUAUGGGACAAGGCAAGUCAAAUUCAAAGGAAGAGGAGAUGAAAGUACCAGGUGCAAUGAAAAAACCGGCGUCUUCCAAGAAAUGCGUGGCUGCGGCAAAGCCAAAAGGCAGGCCACGCGCCAAGCCCAAGGCAGGAAAAAGGGUUGAAGCGACCAGCGGCCGCGAGUACGCCUCGGAGAGCCGCGCCUACGGGGCGCGGGUCAGCCACGGCAAGCACCAGUGGCGCACUAGGGUUCUUGCCGUGGUGCCGCGCAAGAUCCGGCAGAAAUAUGCUGACGGCUGCGCGAGAUGCCGCUUCACCACAGGGUGUUCGCCCUCGUGUUGGUUCCAACGGGGACUCAUGGGGCCCAAGAAGGAGGAGAAGGAGGAAUCCGAGUAUACGUACGAGAGCGAGGCGGAGGCCGAAGACGAGGGAGAGCCGGAGCCUGCGCCACCUCCAAGGACUGGCGCAGAACGAGCACCUCCCGAGCGGUCUUCGAAGGCAAAGCCGCCUACGUCGGCCACGCCCGCAGUCGCAAGUGUGGCCACGGCUGCACGACCACCGUCUCCUGCCAGGGACUCUAGCAGCGAUCGAGCCCCGCGGGCACGUUCGCAUCGCUCUCGGUGCACGGGCCCGGGGACGUGA